AAUAAGCGCUUCCGACCACGGAAGCGCUGCUGAGCGCCCAGUUUGCCCAGAAGUCGACUUCUCAUCACAAAUUCCUUGCGUAGCCAAAAGCUAAAAUAGCGCACGCAAGGCGCAAAACGUGGUUAGCGUUCGACGCAUGCGCAUUGACGACGACGCUAUUCUUUGCGUUCGGCGUACGCAAAGCUUUAGCUUGCGCGCGCUUACACCGAUCUCGGCUGAGCGGUACGGAGCUCAACAAAAUCGAGGCGGGCAGGAAGCGACUUCGAGAUCCGUCCAAAGGAGGGAGAAUGGCGGGCCGGAGGGGCCGAAGACCGGUGCCCGUGGCGGGAAAACUUGCUGCCAAACUGCGGGAAGAAGCGGUGUGCUGCUUCUGUAAAAAAGCGGACAGCAGCGUCGUCUGCGACAAGUUGCUGAGUGGAAAGAUCACUGUCCACUUCUACUGCCUGUUAUUCUCAAGUGGUCUUCAGCAGAGGGGUGAUGUAGGGGGGCCCCUCAUGGGUUUUCUGGAGGCAGACAUAACGAGCGAGCUCCGGAGAGGUGCGAAAGUGCGGUGCGCCUACUGCAAGAAGCAGGGUGCCACUGUGGGAUGCUGCAUAAAAAUGUGCAAGAAAGCGUUUCAUGUGGGCUGCGGCUGCGGCAAUGAUUGCCUGCUGCAGUUUUACGGAGACUACAGGGCCUACUGUCCGGACCACCGUCCCCAUCAGCGGAUGCGACCCAAGGAGUCUGGCACCACCUCCUGCCUCAUCUGUGCCUGCGACAUGGUGUCGGAGCCCUCCCCGCAGGUCCUGAUCACGCCGUGCUGCCAACACUCCUUCCACAAGGCCUGCCUGCAGGCUCAGGCCUCGAGUGCUGGAAGUUACUUUUUCAAGUGCUGCAUUUGCAACAACAUCGACGCCUUCCAGAAGGAGAUGUUGGACCAUGGCAUCUGCAUUCCCCAACAGGAUGCAUCUUGGGAGAGGGAGCAGGGGGCUUACCAAGACCUGCUCUUUCGGUACCAAAGGUGCGACGCGGAGCGGUGCCGCUGCCCCAAUGGACGGGAGACGUCGCUGGAGGAAAGUGGUGACUGGGAGGUGAUCACCUGCAGCACGUGCGGGUCGCAGGGGAUCCACAAGGCCUGCGGGAACCUCUCCAGAGAAUCCUUGCAUCGAACCAACUCGUGGGUCUGCGCACAGUGCCGGAAGACCCUCUCCCUGAGACCAGGCACAGCGGCUGUGAUACCACCCAACAGCCCUCUCAAGAGGAAAGGUGCCGCGGAGUCGACGUCGUUGGAACCCCCAAUUAAAAAGGCGAAGGAAACCGAGCCGCCAUUCUCUGAGAAGAUGGAAGUGUUGCCGGCCGCUGCCACCCCCUGCUCCGGGAUUCCACCUCUGAGCAGUUCUCCGUGCCCCAUGAUUCUGCCUCCAAGCAGUUCUCCAUGCCCCAAGAUUCUGCCUUUGAGCGGUUCCCCAGGCCCCGGAAUUCCACGUUCGAGCGGUUCUCCAUGCCCGAAGAUUACGCCUUUGAGCAGUUCCCUGUGCUCCAAGAUUGUGCCUGUGAGCAGUUCCCUAUGCCCCAAAAUUCCACGUCUGAGCGGUUCUCCAUGCCUGAAGAUUACACCUCCGAGCAGUUCUCCGUGCGCCAAGAUUCUGCCUCUGAGCAGUUCCCCAUGCCCCGGAAUCCCACGUUCGAGCGGUUCUCCAUGCCCGAAGAUUAUGCCUUUGAGCAGUUCCCUGUGCUCCAAGAUGGUGCCUGUGAGCAGUUCCCUAUGCCCCGAAAUUCCACGUAUGAGCGGUUCUCCAUGCCCGAAGAUUACACCUCAGAGCAGUUCUCCGUGCACCAAGAUUCUGCCUCUGAGCAGUUCCCCAUGCCCCGGAAUUCCAUAUUCGAGCGGUUCUCCAUGCCCGAAGAUUAUGUCUUUGAGCAGUUCCCUGUGCUCCAAGAUUGUGCCUGUGAGCAGUUCCCUGUGCCCCGAAAUUCUGCCUCCGGGCGGUUCCUUGUCGCCCUCUAGGAAGGCCGCAGGUGUUGCCACCUCAUCUCCGCAAUCCAAAAGAUGCGACGACAAUGACAACGAUUCGGACAUUGAGGUCGUUGCGGUUGUCCUGCGUCCAAAGCUGUCGCCGCUGGAGGUCAUCAUUCUGGACGACAGCGACGACAGCGACUUGGAAGACUUGUGCGGCUGCCCUCGGUGCUACAACUUUUGAGGUUUAGUUUAGAAACUGGCACUGUGCGGCUGGAGAACGUCGAGUUACCGCUCAUCGCAGUCGAUCCUCACUAAGAUUUUGUAUGUGGCUUUUGUGUGCGACGCCAUUGUAUCAUACCAGUGCUUGUUCCCGCUUGUUUUUGACAACAUAUUAUGUUGUGUGAAAUGUGUGCUGCAGAAUGUUCCCGCUAUGUGCUGAAACAGACAAUCCGGCCUUCUUCUGCAGGCCCCCCAAUCUUUAUUAUCACUCUAUUUUUAUACUCCAAAGUAAUCCGGCCUUCUUCUGCAGGAGGGGGGUUAAUUUCCAUACUACUCCAAAGUAUGGAACCCCUCUCGAAAAUUGGCAGGUACACCAAAGAAGCACGAAGGACUGUCUUAGCUCGUGUUGUCUGCGAUAGUACGUUCUCGGCGGGAAGCCACCAGAAGGAUGACUGGUGAGACACCAGUGCAAGCCGUGAAGCGGAACCAAGCACUUAUUAAAAGAUCAUCUCAUAGUUUUUA